AUGGCAGCACCGUUUUGGGGUCCUCAGACCUCUUACUUGAACUUUUGUGAAGAGGAUUAUGUUAUCACACGGUAUAUUGCUGAGUUUAUAAAUACUCUUAGUAGUUUGACUUAUGUGGCAUAUGGACUCUAUGGCUUGUUGACGUCGCCUAAGUUCCCGACUGGGCCGCGCUUGGCUUCGUACUGUGGACUAAUAGGCGUGGGGAUAUGCUCAGCUGGAUAUCACAUGACUCUCAAGUAUCACACCCAAAUGUCUGAUGAGUUGUCAAUGCAUCUUCUCACGACACCCCUCGUCUAUCGUCUUCUCAGCUUCAAAGCCAGUCCUCAAAAGACUCGGAUUAUUGGGGCAGUUCUCUCAAUACUGUUCACCAUUGUAAUGGUCACCCAUAUGGUCAUGGACGAGUUCCUCUUACAUGCCACCACGUUUGGCUUGAGCAUCUAUGUUAUUGCUACGCGGGUGCUGAAGAUCAUCCCACAACAAGUCAAGGAUCCUGUUAUCAGGAAGAAAUUGCAAAAUAUGGCUAUCCUCGGGCUUGGAUCAUUUGGCUUUGGGUAUAUCGUCUGGUUGAUUGAUGAGUUUGCUUGCCGGUACUUGACCCGUGCGAGACACGCAGUUGGUCUGCCCUUUGCGUUCCUCUUGGAGCUUCAUGGAUGGUGGCAUGUAUUCACCGCUAUCGGAGGCUAUACUGCCGUCGCAGUCAUCGAUAUCGUCACGACAGGGGAGGUGACCGAAGACCCUACGCACACUUUUGCUUGGCCUGUACCUUUUGCGGCCAGACUAAUAUCUGGCUCUUCUGGGUCUGUGAAGCAAGGUUGA